AUGAAGACAUCCAAGUCUUCUCUUGGCUUGGCCUUUUUUCUGAUCAAUGCAAUCGUCGCCGAAGCUGGAGUUGAUCUCCACAACACUAACGUCGGACGGGAAGUGAGCGGAAAGAAGAUCGAAAACCUCAUCUCUGGAGUCGACAGGUCAACAAACAUCGUGGAAGAACUCGACCUAUCUGCCAUCAACGAUGUCCGACGUAGCGCCAAUGCAAACACAUUGGAGGCCGAUCUUGUCCGCAAGAUCGCCCAAUUGGAUGUCGGUGCACUCCUGAAUGCCGGCGCACAGGGACCGGGAGCUGGUGCAGGGCAGAGUCAAGGACAACAACAGCAGCAGGGUCAAGGACAAGCGCAGCCUCAGCCUCAGAGUCAAGGAAUAAGGCCUGCCGGUCAGAGCGACAUCAACACGAGCAACGUCGGCGCAGAUCUUGCCAACCAAGUCGCUGCAGGAAACAAACCAAACGUUGGCACGGGAGACAUCAACACAGGUAAUGUUGGUGCGGAUCUCGCCAACCAAGUCGCCGGCCUCGGUACAUCCGCUGGCGUACAAAACCAGACACUUGGUCAGUCGUCAGCUACCGGCCAGGCACGACCGGCCCCACAAGCUCAAGCUGCUGAAGCGCCUCGUCCAGUAGGGGCUCAGCCGGCAGCGGAGGCCCGCCCUUCGACCGGAGCACAAGCGGCUGCAGCAGCUCCACCAAGCGGACAAGGACAGAGUCAGGGACUGAGACCCGCAGGACCAAGCGACAUCAACGCUAGCAACACCGUCGGUGAUCUUGCAAACCAACUUGCACCUGGAACUGGUGUGAACGGUCAACGUCCAGCAUCCAACGACGUUGCUGGAGACCUUGCGAACCAACUCGCCGGAGGCGCUCCGCCGAAUGCUCAAGGUCAAUCGAGCCCUCAGGGCCAAGGUCAAUCGAGCCCUCAGGGCCAGGGCCAGCCACCCGCUGCGCAGAGCGGCGGCGCUGGCGCAGCGAUUGUCCAGAUCAGGUCAACCAUCCUCCAAGAGGCCAACGGUCAGCAGAUUGCGACGCAGGUCAUUGAACAACAGGGACAGGGACAGCAGCCUGCCGCAGCAGCAGCAGCACCCACCCAAGCACCUGCAGCAACAGCUGCACAGGCUCCCGCGCCUCCUCCGGAGGCCCAACCUACGGGAGCACCAGCAGCAAUGCCUGUCCCGCCUGAAGCCCUCAGCAGAUCGACUGCUGCUGAGGCAGCGCCCAAGCUGGAGACCCAACCAACUCAACGUCCUGCGGAGGAAAUGAGCGUCAAUGCUGCCGCUUCGGCUACUCCUGGCACAAUCACUGAAAUCGCCGAAGGUGGCAAGCCCACUACACCAGCAGGAGAGGCUUCGAAGCAAGUGGAGGGUGCCUCAAACUCAACUAGAACCACAUCCAAGCCCGCCGAGGGGGCCUCUGCACCAAGUGGCGCCAACGCUGCUGCUGCCGCAGCUCCCGUAACUGUCAGUGCAGGAGGCUCGCCAGCACCUGGCGUUGAAGCUGCAGCCAAGUCAUCGUCCACCGCUCCUCCUGUGGACUCAGCAAAGCUGACUGCAGAUGCUCUUGUAGCUUCGCCCACUGUGACUCCAGCGGGAAACGCGGUCACCGUACUGGCGGGAUCAGGAGGCAACGCUACGGCCCAGGCAAAUGGAGCUGCGCCAGCUGCGGUCACUGUCCUGGCAGGAAGUGGAAGCAACUCGACGCGCUCGACUAACGGUGCAGCCGCAGCUGCUGUGACAGUCGUCGCCGGAUCAGGUUCUUCGGGGUCUAAUGCGACUGCUGCUGGAGCAGCUGUAGGUGCCGUUACUGUCAUUGCAGGAAAUGGAUCAGGCUCUUCGAGAUCCAACGCGACCGCUGCUGGUGCGGCCGCAGCCGCUGUUACUGUCGUUGCAGGAGGUGGACCAGGGAACGGCUCCGCGAAUGCAGCAGCGGCAUCUCCUUCCAAAGGGCCUGGUUCAGUCAAUUCUGGAACGCUGACCCCUGAUGCACUGAUCGCAGCAUCCACCACGACCGCGGCUGCGGCCGCUGUCACCGUCGUCGCCGGGUCCGGCUCCGGUGGAAACGCUGCAGCGGCCGCAGCAAAUGGCGGUUGCAACUGCGCGUGCAUGUGCCCCGCCGGCUCGUUCCCCAUGUCGGCUCCCAAAGCGCAGCCCUUCCAGCUCGGCUCCAUGGGCAGCGGAGGCACCGCAAGCACAAUGGCAACCAUGGCAUCCGCCAUCACCGUCGUCGCUGGGCCCGCUCCACCAGGCGCCCAGCAAGCCGUCCAGAGCACCAGCAGCUCGACUGUGAGCGUCAACUCCGCGACGCUGACUACCGCGGGCCUGCUCAUGGGAUCCGCAGCUGCACCGGCUGGGCCAGGCGUAACUAUGAUUGCAUCUGGCGGCGCUCCAACCUCGGCUUCCACAUCUGCAGCGAGCUCGACAUCGUCGGGCGCCCAGGCUGCCGCCCCAGCGCCACCUGCCGCGAGUGAAGCCAGCAACAGUGUAACGAUGAGCGUGCCGGCGCAGAGUGCGAUCGCGGGGACUACGAGUGCAGCCGCGCUGCCGGACAGCUCGGCAAGCUUGCAGCAGAACCAGGCGCUUCCGUUCGAUAUCUCGACAGUGGCGCUGCAGAGUCGGGUUACGGUGAAUCUGGGGAGGAGAUUGGCGAAGCCCACGGCAGCGGCGAGGCGACUAUGGUGA